CAUCCGUCAAACUUAUACAUUGACAUUUUUUUAAAGUGACAAAACUAAUGCCAAAGAAAUGAGCGGCACGCUCGUUAACGUAUUAUUUUUGAAACGGUCAUUAGUCUCAUUUACGCAUACCGUUUUUAUCAUAAUCCGCAACUGUAUAUUUAAAAUAACCUCUAGAAGAUUCGUGUCCAAGUUAUUACUGAGGCUGCCCAACCACUUCUUCCCCAGAUACAGGGUCUUAGUGAGUCACGUGCUAGUUGAGAAUAACAGGAAGACACGGGAAUCCGUGGGUUAUCUAUUGGACAAGAGCAGCACCUCUAGCAACGAUACGUUCACAUCUAGCGAGGAUAGUUCCGAAGAGAUACUAGCAGUUAACGAAGACUGCUAUCAAUGUUGCAAAUACUGUCGUACCCAAUACUAUAUCGGAAGGGAGUUACCGGAAUAUUGUACACCGUCUCAGAUUAAAACCGAAGCUUUUACGAACGCAACUAGCACUCCUUGCGAACAGAUUGAAUUGCUGUUAACUCCACCUUUAAGGAAAAUCACCCCGAGUGAAUUAAAUUCUGUCAAGUUAAGAAAGAGCGCCGAUUUUCUCGGACGACCCAAGACGCCCGAAUUGAACGAUUUGCUCAGAACGUUGAGGAAAAGGUUCGCCGUGAUGCACUCUUCGGUGCUUAGCGAUACCGAAGGUAAUUUUAACGAUGACGAUGAUGAUUCUUGUUCCUUCUUAGUUAGUAGUACAGAUUGCAUUGAAAUUGCCUGUUCUUAAGAAUAAGAUUUUGUAUAAUAAAUGUUUUUUUCAUUGA